UCAUUCCCCUGUUUUGUUUGUAUCAUAUGGAGGCGAAAAGUGUAAAGUUUGCUGCGAUGGCGAAAACGAUUAGGAAGAAGACGACAAGAUGGAGCAGUUCUUUGCGCUGAUAAGGAAUUUCCAGGAGGCGCGUGAUAGAAGAAAAGAUGAGCUGAGACAGAGGGAGGAGGCGGCGGAGAAGAAGCAGCAAAACAAGGCACAGAGGGUAAAUAAUAACAAUGAGCAAUCGAGUUGGGUUCCCUGUUUUGAAUGGGCUGAUUUUACGGAGGAGAUCGAGUUUCGAAGGUCGCCGGUUACCUUACCGUCACCGUACAACAGCAAAGAUUAUAACAAAAAACAACAGCAACAGCGAGACGACGAUGGUUUAGAUCUUAAGCUAGCACUUUAGGUUAGCUUUUGGCUU